CCAUGGCGGCGGACGGAGGGAAGGAGCUGAACAACGAGAUCAAGUCGCAGUUUCGGACGCGCGAGGGCGCCUACAAACUGCUCAGCCUGUCCGAGUACAGCCGCCCCAACCGCGUGCCGCUCAGCGCCGGCCAGGGCAGCAACCCGGUGCGCGUGUCGCUGGUCAGCGCCCGGGAGGCGGGAGGAGGCGGCGGCGGUGACAGGAUCUGCUUCAAUGUCGGCCGCGAGCUGUACUGUUACCCUCACCGCGGGGCCCGGCAGGCGGCUGACCUGAGUAAGCCCAUUGACAAGAGGAUAUAUAAGGGGACGCAGCCCACCUGCCACGACUUUAACCAGUUCACGGCCACGCCGGAGGCCGUCAGCCUGGUGGUGGGUUUCUCCGCAGGACAAGUACAGUAUCUCGACCCCAUCAAGAAGGAAACCAGCAAAUUAUUCAAUGAAGAGCGGCUGAUUGACAAGACCAAGGUCACCUGCCUGAAGUGGAUGCCCGAGUCUGAGAGCCUGUUCCUAGCCGCUCACAGCAGCGGCAAUCUGUACCUGUACAAUGUGGACCACCCCUGUGGCACAGCCUCCCCUCACUACCAGCCCCUGAAGCAAGGCGAGGGCUUUUCCGUCUACACCUGUAAGAGCAAAGCCGCCCGCAACCCAUUGCUCAAGUGGGCGGUGGGCGAGGGAGUCCUGCACCAGUUCGCCUUUGCCCCGGAUGGCAAGCACGUGGCCUGCGUCAGCCAGGAUGGGCGGCUCAGGGUCUUUCAUUUCGACUCCAUGGAGCUUUACGGCGUCAUGAAAAGUUACUUCGGGGGCCUGUUGUGCGUGUGCUGGAGUCCGGACGGCAAGUACGUGGUGACGGGCGGGGAGGACGACCUAGUGACGGUUUGGUCGUUCGCUGAUUGCCGGGUGAUGGCCAGGGGUUACGGGCACAGGUCGUGGAUCAGUGCUGUGGCCUUCGACCCCUACACCAGCAGCGUGGAGGAGGGGGAGGCCAUGGAGUUCAGCGGCAGCGACGAGGACUUUCAGGAACACAUCAGCUUUGGGCGCCAUCGGACCAACAGCACCCUGUCCAGGCUGUCGAAACACAACUCCACGGAAGGCCGAGGUGGGGGGGUGACCUACCGAUUCGGCUCUGUGGGGCAGGAUACGCACUUCUGCCUGUGGGACCUGACGGAGGAUGUCCUCUACCCCCACCACCCGCUCUCGAGGGCACGGACCAACACCAACGUGGUGAGCAACGCCACCGUCUUGCCGGGGGGUUCUCUCGGCAACACGGGGGGAGUUGGGGGUCUGGGCACGGACUCGUCAACGCCCACGCCGGCCACGGGCAACUCUGUGCCCCACUCGCUCUCGCGCUCCAACAGCCUCCCACACUCUGCCGUGGGCAACGCCAACAAUGGGAAGAGUCACGGCACGGACAGCGGCGGGGGAGGGGGAGGGGCCCAUUUCGGGAUGGCCAAGUUCGCCACGCUGGCCCUGCACGAACGCAGGGACAAGAGUGGGGAGCGGGAGCACAAGAGGAACCACAGUGCAGGGCACGUCACCGGCAGCAAGAGCAACGACAGACUUAACUCUCUGAGCAACGCCAAGGGCCGGCAGGAGCCGGUCAGCACCAGGCCCUCCUCGCUGGGCCCCGGCCUGUGUCCUCGACUCGAGGAGGUGCCGUUGCUGGAGCCGCUGGUGUGUAAGAAAAUCGCACACGAACGCCUUACGGUUCUCGUGUUCCUGGAGGAUUGUAUCGUCACAGCCUGUCAGGAGGGCUUCAUCUGUACCUGGGCUCGGCCCGGCAAGGCGGGUUUAUCAUCCUCCCAGAACCAGGCCAACUCGCCUAGUGGAACUGUGGUAUAGCCCUACAUGCACACACACACGACAUCGCCUCCUCUCCUCUCCCCAACGAGGCUGGUAAGAAAACGGGUUCAGUUUGUGGCUGAAAUGAGCUCCGUAGCCUCCUCCCGGCUGCCCGCCCGCCGCCUGCCGAGGGAGGGUCUCGAGGCUGCGGCAGGCCGGAAUUUGACAGUGGGUGGGCAGAGCUGCUUGGACUUUGAAUUUCGAACCCUCUGCCACACGCAACAAUCCUCUGCAGAAACAUAAGCUGAAAAAGUGACUCCCCCUUUUUAUUUAUUGUAAAUCACUUCUAAUUUAUGUAUUGUACAGUGUAAAUCUUUCUAAGCGGAACAAACCAGUGUCUUUAUCACAGGAGGGCUGCAUAGUGUAUAUUGUACAGUAAAAUAAUAAUAAUGUGCUCACUCAACCCAUGACUUGUCUGUGUG